UUUUCUCUCUUUUUUUUUAUGUGAUUCGCUUCAUUCCAGCAGACAGAUGCAGUAAAUCUAAAAUAAAAUGAGCGGCGUCUUAUUAAAGUGUCUCAUCCUGGCGCUCUGUGUCAGCGCGCACAGGCUCUUGGCAGUCCCCCGGGCUGAGGAGGAUGAUGGAUCCGGUGACAGCGCCUCGACUCUGGCCUUUGUGUUCGAUGUUACCGGCUCCAUGUACGACGAUCUGAAACAGGUGAUAGAGGGCGCCUCGCGGAUCCUGGAGAAGACCCUGAACCGGAGGACCAGACCCAUUAAAAACUUUGUCCUGGUCCCCUUCCAUGACCCAGAUAUCGGCCCUGUGUCCAUCACCACCGACCCCAAGAAGUUCCAACAGGAUCUGCAGGAGCUGUUUGUCCAGGGUGGGGGCGACUGUCCUGAGAUGAGUAUCGGAGCCAUCAAGAAAGCCUUGGAGGUUUCUCUGCCUGGAUCCUUUAUCUACGUCUUCACUGAUGCCAGAGCCAAAGACUACCGCCUGAAAAGAGAUGUUCUGCAGCUGGUGCAGCUCCGUCAGUCACAGGUGGUAUUUGUGUUGACCGGGGACUGUGGGGACCGCUCUCAGCCGGGCUACAGGGCUUAUGAGGAGAUCGCUGCCACCUCGUCUGGACAGAUCUUUCACCUGGACAAGCAGCAGGUCAACGAGGUUUUGAAGUGGGUGGAGGAGACGGUCCAGGCCAUGAAGGUCCACCUGCUGUCCUCCAACCACGAUGGAGGCCAGGAGAACAAGUGGGAAGUGCCCUUUGACCCCAGCCUUCGAGAGGUCACCGUGUCGCUCAGUGGACCAGGACCACAAAUUGAGCUCAGCGAUCCCUUCGGCCGUGUAGUUGGUGUAGAGCAGGGCCUUAAAGAGCUGUUGAACAUUCCAAACUCUGCUCGUGUCGUCAACCUGAAGUUCCCCAGGCCCGGGGCUUGGACACUGAAGACGAGCUGCAGUGGGCGCCAUACUCUGAGGGUCACAGGGGUCAGCAAUCUUGACUUCCGAGCCGGCUUUUCCAGUGUACCUGUUUCGGAGUUCAACCACACCAGAGAGAGGCCAAUAAAAGGACUUCCAGCUCAUGUUUUGCUGAAAUGCACGGGCCUGAAGCCACCCGGGCAGCUGAGCCACGUGGAGCUCAUGUCCGGCUCGGGUCGCUCCCUACGCACCAUCCCCGUCCCCAUGCCCUCUGACCUCGGCCAGCAAGGACUGUGGAGUCUCCCGGAGUUCCGCACCCCCUCCCAGAGCUUCUUCAUCAAGGUGACAGGCAAAGACGAGGAGGGCUACCGCUUCCAGAGGCUGUCCAGUGUCUCCUACACCAACAUCGUUCCAGAUCCCCCAGUUGUGAGCACGCCUGAUGUGGUGAAGGGCUUCUACAUGCAGCCAGCUGUGAUUGGCUGCUCAGUGGAGAGCGACAUUCCCUACAGGCUAAGAUUUACCAGAAAUGGGAUCACACUGGGAGAAGAGAGGUCCUUUCAGAACUCUGCCAUUGCAUCAUGGGAGAUUGCACACGCAUCAGCUGAGGAUGAAGGCCUGUACGAGUGCAUAGCACAGAGCAGCGCCGGACAGGGACGUGCCUUAACGGAGCUGACUGUUAGAGAGCCUCCUCCAGUCCUGAGGCGGGCAGUGAACGUGACUUCCUCUGUGGGAAGCGUGGCGGUGCUCUCCUGCCAGGUUGAAGGCUCUAUGCGGCAUAACUUGACCUGGAGCCGAGCGGGUCGUACUAUCCGGGCCCGCGCCGGGAGGGUCAAGGUACUCUCCGACUCAUCCCUGCAGAUCAGUGGGGUGCGGACUCAGGACGCUGGGGCGUACCACUGUGUGGCCACGAACACUCACGGAGACAGCAGAAUCACCGUGUGGCUUCUCGUCCCAGAGGCUCCUUCUGUGGUAGUUCACCCCCAGAGCCAGGCUUUCUCCCGGGGGGACGAGAUCCGCCUCGUCUGCUCUGCGUCCGGCUCCCCCCCUCCCCAGCUCUUCUGGAGCCAUGGAAACAUGUUCCUCACUAAUCGGCCGAGGUUGAGUCUAAAUCAAUAUGGAGUUCUGAACAUAAGAGGGGCCCUCCCAGAGGAUGCUGGGAACUACACAUGCUUGGCAACCAAUGAAGUUGGGACUGCCUCUCAGUCUGUGUCGCUGACCUUUGCAGAGGUGCCUAAAAUAACAGUGACACAGCAGGUCAUACUUGUGUCUGUUGGCGGUGACGCGACACUGGAGUGUCAAGCCACAGGCUCCCCACCUCCUCUUGUCCACUGGUUCAAAGGCGAGCUUGAGGUGGGCUCCGCUCCUUUCGUUGAGCAGGAUGUAAACCGCGGGACGCUUCACAUCCGGGGGGUUCAGGAGGUGGACGCCGGUCAGUACACCUGUGUGGCCAGCAGCCCUGUUGGAACCUCUGCCGGCACUGUCAGUCUGGAGGUUGGAGCGGGCCCAUUGUUCUCUGAGGCACCGGUCGACAUGACAGCCAACGUUGGGGAGAAUAUCACCCUCCACUGCGUUGCCCGGGGUUCCCCGCAGCCGACAGUGACCUGGCACAGACAGGACGGCAGACAGAUUCUUACGAGGACAGACAGCCACAGUCGAACAAUGCAGCUGGAAAAUGGACAUCUUCUAAUCCAGAGUGUCUGGCUGGAUGAUGAAGGACUGUACAUCUGCGAGGCCAAGAACCAGUUUGGAACCAUCAAAACUGAGGCCAGAGUUAGUGUCACUGGACUGGAGCCCCCUCUCUUGGCCCAAGGUGCUCCAGUCAUCACCACUGGCAUCGGUCAGUCUCUCAGUAUUCCCUGCAUGCUGCUGGAUGGAAUACCUCUUCCAGAGAGACACUGGUCCCGAAAUGGAAAACCUGUUCAGCUGACUGGGAGGAUGUUCGUGAGGAGUGAUGGCGGCUUGUACAUUGAGAGAGCCACCCCGGAGGAUGCUGGGACUUACGUUUGCACCGCGGUGAAUGUAGCAGGCUCCAUGAACAUCACAGUCAGCCUGGAGGUCCACAUGCCCCCUGAGAUCAACGCUGGUCCGUACCACUACAUAGCCAAUGAGGGCGUAGCCAUCACACUAUCAUGCGAGGCCAGCGGUGUUCCCAAGCCAAAAGUCGUCUGGUCCAAGGGGAGGCAGCCACUGCCCAGGGACCACUCCUCCCUUCAGUCUGAGCCUGAUGGAUACCUCCUCAUCCCCCACCCCACCACCGAGGAUGCAGGCAUCUACAUCUGCACUGCCACCAGUCCUGUGGGCUACGCCAGCCGAGAGGUCCAGCUCAGUGUCAACACCACGCCGAAAAUAAUGGGUGUGAGUGGCCAUGACAACACAGUGAAGAUGGCUGCGGAGGUUGGAACAGAGGUCGUUCUCCCGUGUGAGGCCGAGGGGAGUCCCUCUCCACUCCUCACGUGGAGCAGAAAUGGACAUCCCAUCCCCCCCGUCACAGCUGGGUUCACUGUUUUGCCUUCAGGCUCUCUGAGGAUCACUGAUGUGCGCCUGAUUGACAGUAAAAUGUACACCUGCACUGCAGAGAACCCAGCAGGCAAUGUGUCCCUGAGCUACAAUUUGCACAUUCAAGCUAAACCCAGAAUUCAGCCCGCACCUUCCCUCUUGAAAGCCCUGAUUGGCCAAACGGUGACUCUCCCAUGUGUGGUCCAAGGAGAACCAAGCCCCGAGGUCAGCUGGUUUCACAAUGGACUUCCUGUUGGAACCAAGAACACUACACCCCUCAGGAUUGAGAGGGUCAGCCUUGAUGACCAGGGCACCUAUCAGUGUGUGGCCAAGAACAGCGCCGGACAGGAGACCUUGGAGAUCAAGCUGGAAAUUCUUGAGGCCCCAUCCUUUGCAGAACCUGGGGAUGCCAUCAUGGAGAAAGUAGCAAGCAGCAAGGUCGUCAUCCCUUGUCCUGCGAAAGGUUCACCUCUUCCCAAGGUACGCUGGUUCAAGAAUGGCCUGGAGAUACACCCCGAACAAUCAGAGUUUUCUGUGGCGAGGGACGGAGCUCUCAUAAUUAGCACAGCGUCUGCCAGCCACAGCGGGGAUUUCAAGUGUGUGGCAACGAAUGAGGCAGGCUCUGUGGAGAGGAAGACGAGGCUGAAAGUAAACGUUCCCCCAGAGAUCCAAGAUGACGGCCAGCCUCUGAACCUUACUGUCACACUGAAGCAGCCUCUCACUCUGGGCUGCGAUGCCUUCGGGAUCCCCUCUCCAACAAUCACCUGGACCAAAGAUGGUCGUCCUGUGGACAGUCCUGGGGUGUACCUGCAGAAUGGGAACAGGAUGCUGAGAAUCUACAGAGUUCAGCCAGAACAUGCAGGAAGAUUUUCCUGCACAGCUCAAAACUCAGCUGGAGAGGCCCGGAGAGAAUAUAACAUUGUGGUGCAAGCUCCGCCAGUGAUCUCAGGAACAUCCCGACUACAGGAGCUAACUGUGGCGCUGGGCCAGGAGGUGGGGUUUCAGUGCCGGGUUAGCGGACGACCAGCACCCAGAGUGGAAUGGAGCCGCGAUGGAGAAGUUCUGUCCCGUGAUGGAGACCCACAUGUGGAGUUUCUGGAAGAUGGCCAGGUGCUGAAGGUUAAGUCAGUCAGACUGAGGGACCAGGGGCUUUACCAGUGUCUGGCCCGUAACAACGCAGGAACUCAGAUGCGCCAGUUCAGACUCACAGUGCAAGCUCCUCCGGCCAUCAAGGGCCCUACUGAGACCUCAGAGGUGUCAGUGGUGCUCGGCUUCCCCACAGUGCUCCCCUGUGAUGUUGAGGGCUCACCCACACCCAGUAUCACCUGGUUAAAGGACAACCAGCCCAUCGUGUCCAGUCCCCAGCUGACAUACACCCGGGGUGGACAGGCCCUGCGACUGGGCUCAGCUCAGGGAGAAAGCACUGGCCUCUACACCUGCAGGGCCACAAAUCCAGCCGGCACUGCCACCAAACAUUAUUCUCUGAGUGUGCUGGUCCCACCACAGAUAGAAGGCGAUUCUACGUCUUUAUCGUUUGGUGGUCAGGAGGAGAAAGUUCGGAUCAACGGGAGUUUAACUCUCUCCUGCCUGAGCAAAGGUUUCCCCGAGCCUAAGGUUAAUUGGUUCAAAGACGGACAGCUGCUGACUGGAACCCUUCAUGCUGGCAUUAAGGAGAGUGGCCAUGUCCUCAAUAUUGACAACGCCAUGCUGUCCCAUGAGGGGCAGUACACCUGUGUGGUCACCAACUCUGCAGGAGAGGACAAGAGAGACUUCCGUGUCACCAUUCAGGUUCCUCCGGUCUUUCACCGGGUGACCAACAGAGAAGCAGCCUGGGGUCUGGGACAUGAGGGUGAUGACAAAGAGGACAUGACGGAGAAGCGCGAGGUGGUCUUGGGCCAUCCAGUCAGCCUCUCCUGUGAGAGUAACGCCAUCCCUCCACCGAAGCUCAGCUGGUACAAGGAUGGACGAAAACUCACCUCUGCCGAUGGUGUGGUACUACGUCCAGGUGGACAGGUGCUACAAAUCACCCGAGUACAGAGGGAAGAUGCUGGAAAGUACACAUGCCAGGCCGUUAAUGAAGCUGGAGAAGACCGCAUGCACUUUGAACUGGAGAUCCUGGUCCCACCUGUUAUUAUGGGAGCAUCAGAGGAGUUCAUGGAGGAAAUGGGAGCAGUGGUCAACAGCACCGUGGUCCUCCACUGUGACGCGACUGGACACCCGGCUCCUGUCAUCUCCUGGCUGAGAGAUGGGCAGGCGGUGCACGCAGACUCACAGCACCACAUCAGCGAGGAUGGGACUCAGCUCCAGCUCCUCAGUGUGCAGGUUUCAGACAUGGCUGGGUAUUCGUGUGCAGCUGAGAACAAGGUUGGAACAGUGGAGAAGCACUUCAGUCUAACAGUGCAAGUGCCUCCGAGGAUAAUUGGCCACAAAGAGGAGGAGGUUAGUGUGAUCGAGGGCGACAUGGUGUCUCUGCUGUGUGACGUCCAAGCGUACCCUCCUCCAGAGAUCACAUGGACCAGAGACGGCCAACUACUCCACUUCAGCACGGGCAUCCACAUUCUGCCAGGAGGCCAGAUGCUGCAGUUGCCCCGGGCGGGACUAGAAGAUGCAGGGCAAUAUGUAUGUACAGCCACCAACUCUGCAGGCCAGGACCAGAAGAGUAUUCUCCUCAGUGUUUAUGUCCUGCCCACCCUGAAGCCCCGUCUGGAUGCUGAGUCAGACUCGGUCACCCCGCAAGUCGGCUCCUCCGUCACCCUGAGAUGUGAAGCCCAGGGCGUUCCUGAGCCCGAGGUCACAUGGUACAAGAAUGGGCUACAACUGGCUGCAGGGAACGGACUGAAGAUAAAUCGUCACCAACUGGAGAUCAUAGGAGUUCAGUUGGCAGAUGGUGGCACCUACACCUGCAAGGUAUCUAAUGUAGCUGGGCAGGUGGACAGGACAUUCAGACUCACGGUUCAUGUUCCACCUGUCCUGGACGGGUCGCUCCGGGAGUCUUUGAACUACACCCUGGGCUCCCAUGUGGCCCUGCUGUGUGAGGCCUCAGGGUUCCCUAUGCCGAGCAUCACCUGGCUCAAGGAUGGAACUCCUAUCGAGAGCAGUCUGCAGUGGCAGUGGUCCAUCCGAGGGAACAGGCUGGAGCUCGGGCCCCUCACUCUGUCUCAUGCUGGGACAUACACCUGUGUAGCCAAGAACAGUGAGGGACAAACACAGAAAGACUACACCCUCACAGUGCAGGUAUCGCCUACCAUCCUGGACUCUGAACACCCGUCUGAUGUGAGUGCACCCCUGGGAGAGGAGCUGACCCUGGUGUGCAGAGCAACUGGAAUCCCCACACCACGCCUCAGCUGGCUGAAAGAUGGGGUGACUUUAGAGGGAUCAGACAGCCGCCACGUCGCUGUGACCCCUGAUGGCAGCACACUAACAUUGCUGAGGCUGAGCCCUGAGGAUUCUGGGACAUACACCUGUUUGGCUGUGAGCCCUGCGGGACAGGAGAGCAAAAUCUACACCCUCUUUGUACUCGUCCCACCCGUUAUCUCUGGCGAGACGACUGUCCCCAGAGAGGUGCAGGUCACACAGGACAGCGCUGUGACUCUGGAGUGUCAGGCAGCAGGAAACCCUCCUCCUCAGAUCAGCUGGCUGAAGAACGGACGCCCUCUGCUUCUCUCCCCUCGUACUCGCCUCCUCUCUGGUGACUCUGUGCUGAGGAUUUCUCCCGUGCAGCUGUCUGACUCUGGAGUCUACACAUGUGUGGCACGCAGUCGAGCUGGUCUGGCCGAGCUCAGCUAUGAUGUCCAGGUCCAAGUGCCCCCAGGUGUGGAUCAUGUUGAACCAGUAGAGCCAGUCACAGUAGUCCAGGGCUCCUUGGUGACAUUAACCUGUGAAGCUCGGGGUGUCCCCCCUCCAACUCUGACUUGGAUAAAGGAUGGCCAGCCGCUGUCCCUUCACCGCAACCUGCUGCUCGAUGGACAAGAGACACGUCUGCAGCUGCCUGAUGUGGCGCCUUCAGACGCUGGCCUCUACAGUUGUGUGGCCAGCAACCAGGCUGGAAGCAGCACCAAGAGCUUUAACCUCACCGUGCUCGAGCCUCCAAAGAUCUCUAGCACCAGCUCUCCAGAGGAGCUGACCAUAGCACUUAACAGCCCUCUGGAGCUGGAGUGCUCCGCUGUGGGAGUCCCGCCUCCCAGCCUCAGCUGGCUCAAAGAUGGACGCCCCCUGGAAGCAGCUGACAUUGUUCAGCAGGAUGGACACUUUGUCAGGAUUAGCAAAGUUCAGGUGGAGGAUGCAGGCCUGUACACCUGCUUGGCCAGCAGCCUGGCUGGAGAGGAUGGAAAGAACCACUGGGUCCGAGUCCAAGUCCCACCAACCCUCCUCGGCUCUGGAGAUGUGAGGACACUCACAGUGCCAGUUAACGGACAUCUGACCUUGGAGUGCCUGGCUGACAGCGAUCCGGCUCCAGAAAUAGAGUGGUACAAGGAUGAGUCCAAACUUCAGCUGGGAGGUCGUAUACAGAGGCUGGCAGGGGGUCAGUACCUCGAGAUACAGGAAGUCAGGCCUGAGGACAGCGGCCAGUACAGCUGUGUGGUCACCAACAUCGCUGGAAGCACCAGUCUGUUUUUCACAGUGGAGAUUCUCUUGCCACCAGUCAUAAAGGAGGGCAGUUCGAUGGUGACCGCAAAUAUUGGCCAGGAUGCAGUUUUACCUUGUGAAGUAGAAGGCGACUCUUCAGCUACGGUCAUGUGGAGAAAAGAUGGCUUCCCCCUAACUCAAGAUAAGAAGAAGUACACUCAGCUGUCAGAGGGCUCUUUGCGUGUCUACGGGGUUCAGUUGAACGAUGCUGGUCGUUACUACUGCACUGUGUCGAACCAGGCUGGCUCAGAUCACCGGGGAGUCGAUCUACGCGUGUUCGUGGGUCCGUCAAUCGGCCCGGGUCCAUCCAACUUGACAGUCACCACGGGGAUCAGAGCUGCACUGAGCUGUGAGACUUCUGGUAUUCCCCCACCCAAAGUAUCCUGGAAGAAGAAUGGCACUCCACUUGAUGUCAGCCAGCAGCCCGCCGCAUACAGGUUACUGUCGUCUGGGUCUCUUAUCCUUUUGUCUCCGUCCACUGACGACGAAGGUUACUUUGAGUGCACGGCUGUCAAUGAUGUCGGGGAGGAGCGCAGGGUCAUUGAGGUCAUCCUGCAAGUCCCUCCAUCUAUUGAAGACGAUGUCUCGACAGUCACAGCUGUGAAAAUGUCUCCUGUGGUGUUGCCUUGUCACGUACAAGGACGUCCUCAGCCCACUGUCACAUGGACCAAGGGUGGAGCCCAACUGGGCCCCAGAGGAGGAAGUUAUCGUGUCCUUCCCACCGGAGUGUUGGAGAUAACUGCUGCUGUUCCAAGCCAUGCCGGCAGGUACACAUGUUCAGCCCGCAACCCAGCUGGAGUGGCUCACAAACACAUCUCUCUCACUGUCCAAGAACCCCCAGAGAUCAGGCCAAUGGCAGAGGAAGUACAAGUGGUGUUGCAUCAUGGGACUCUUCUACCCUGUGAGGUUCAGGGCCUCCCACGACCAUCUAUCACCUGGCAAAGAGAGGGAGUUCCCAUUGCAACAGGUCACAGGCUUGCUGUGCUCUCAAAUGGAGCUCUGAAGUUUUCUCGUGUCACACUCGGCGAUGCGGGGACCUACCAGUGCCUGGCAAAGAAUGAUGCUGGUGUAGCUGUGGGCAGGACCAAGCUAGUCCUUCAAGUCCCGCCCGUGCUGAGCGUCCCUCGCGUUGAGUACACGGCAGUGCUCGGCCAGCCAGUCAGCCUGGAGUGUGUGGCUGAUGGGCAGCCCCAUCCUGAAGUCACUUGGCAGAAAGAGAGGAGGCCGGUGGUUGAAGGUGCUCAUAUUCGCAUCUUUGCCAAUGGAACCUUGGCUGUUACUUCUACCCAGCGAAGUGACGCAGGCCUGUACACAUGCACUGCCAAAAACCUCGCCGGCAGAGCCAGCCACGACAUGAGGCUGGUUAUUCAAGUCCCGCCCAUGAUCCCUCCGGCACAGACGGAGCUGUCAGUCAUUCAAGGAUUUCAAGCACUUCUGCCCUGUGCUGCUCAGGGUUCACCCGAGCCCAGAGUAUCAUGGGAGAAGGAUGGUGUCACUGUCCCCAGCCUUCCAGGCAAAUUCACCGUCCUACGGUCAGGAGAGCUGAUCAUCGAGAGAGCUGAGCCUGGUGAUGCAGGUGUGUUCACUUGUGUGGCUACCAAUGCAGCGGGCUCUGUGAGACAAGACAUCCGGCUGUCCAUCAACAUGAGGCCCGCCUUCAAGGAGAUGCCCACUGAUGUAACCCUGAACAAAGGGCAGAGUCUGGCCCUGUCCUGCCACGCUCAGGGAACUCCACCUCCUGUCAUCUCCUGGACCGUCAACAACAGUCCUUACACAGGUUCCACCAUAGAUGAGGCCGGCAGGAGCUCCAUGGUCAUUGAGAACGUGACGAUGAGUGAUGCUGGGACCUAUGUGUGCAUAGCAGAGAACAGCGUGGGCUCCAUCCGAGCGCUCUCAUUCGUCCGUAUCAGAGAGCCUCCGGUGUUGAAGGGUGAAGCCCACAUGUCUCAGACGGUCACCCAGGGGAGCUCAGCUGUGCUUGACUGUCCGGUCCAUGGGGACCCCAGCCCCGUCCUCCGCUGGCUCCGGGAUGGAAAACCGCUGCUCCGCUCCCUCCGAAUGCAAGCGCUUCACAACGGGUCCUUGGUCAUUUACAGCAUCACUGCAGCAGAUGAAGGAGAGUAUCAGUGUGUGGCUGAGAGUGAAGCUGGAACAGCUGAGAGGACCAUCACUCUCAGGGUUCAAGUCAAUGGAGGCUACUCUAACUGGGAGGAAUGGGCUCCAUGCAGUAGCACCUGUGGACAAGGCUUCCAAGAACGAAUCAGAUUAUGCAACAACCCAAAACCAGCCAAUGGCGGCCGAUCAUGCAGCGGUCCCAGUAUCGACUCCAGGAAAUGUCAAGCUGGCCUCUGCCCGGGAGAGACUCCUCGUAAGACCAGAGGCAGUCUGAUCGGCAUGGUGAACGAGAGGGAGUUUGGUGUGUCCUUCCUGGAGGCCAACAUUACCGACAGUGAGGAUGAGGGGAGCAGCACUCUGCAGGCCCGUCUGGACAACAUCCCUCCCAGUGUGGGUCCCUUGCUGCGGGUGCUGGUGUCUGUUUUUGCCCCCAUCUACUGGACCACUGUAUUGCAGAGUGGAGAAGCCAGAAAUGGCUACUCCUUCACUCAGGGCCAGUUCAGACAGGAGUCUCAGCUGGAGUUUGAGACUGGGGAGCUCCUUCGUUUGACCCACAUUGCCAGGGGUGUGGAUUCUGAGGGAGUUUUACUAAUCGACAUUGUAAUUAACGGAUUUGUGCCUCCCUCAUUAUCGUCAUCUCAUCUUAGCCUACAGGAGUUCGAUGAGUCAUACGUGCAGACGGGCCAAGGGCAGCUGUACUCAUGGUCAUCACAGACCCACCAGAGAGGAGGAAACCCCAUGGUGCUGCGCUGCAAUCACACCAUUAUUUAUGAGGGCCAGGAGGAGCGCCAGGGCCCAGCUCUCCAGCUGCUCAAGGUCUCCGGAAUGAACAGCGUCUACAACAUGUUUACUCUCACUUUGGACUUCCACAUCACCAGCAGCCUUCUCAUACCAGAUGGUUAUGAAGACACAUGCCCUAAAGGUUUCAUUCUUGACACAGCCUCCUACUGCGCUGAUGAAGAUGAGUGUGCGCUCCAGUCUCCCUGCUCUCACUCAUGUAACAACAUCAUGGGAGGCUUUUCAUGUGCCUGUCCCUCCGGCUUCACCAUCUCUUCAGAGACCAACACAUGCCAAGAUAUCGAUGAAUGUUCCCAGGGCUCGCACAUGUGUCACUACAACCAGCAGUGUGUCAACACAGUGGGCACGUAUCGCUGCCAGGCCAAGUGUGGACCAGGAUUUAAGCCCAGCAUCACAGGAUCCAGCUGUGAAGAUGUGGAUGAGUGCCAAGAGUCUGCUCUCUCCCCAUGUCAGCAUCAGUGUCUCAACACUCUGGGAUCCUUCCGCUGUAUCUGCCACCCUGGUUACCAGCUGUCAGGACAUCGCUGCAUCGACAUCAAUGAGUGCAUGAGAAAUGUCUGCCCGGCGAACAAGGAGUGCCGUAACACGGAGGGAGGAUACCAGUGUUUCGACAGCUGCCCAGCUGGCAUGACCAAAGCAGAGAGUGGAGCCUGUGUGGAUAUUGACGAGUGCCAGGAUGGAAGUCACAUGUGCCGUUACACUCAGAUCUGUCAGAACACAGUUGGAGGUUAUGGCUGUGUGUGUCCCAGAGGGUACAGAACUCAGGGAGUUGGCCUCCCGUGUCUGGACAUUGACGAGUGCCUGCAGACACCAAACCCCUGUGCCUAUCAGUGUCGUAAUGUCCCCGGCAGCUUCAGGUGCCAGUGCCCUCCUGGUACUGUGCUGCUGGGAGACGGGCGCUCCUGUGCCGGCCUGGAGAGAGGGCAGACCUUCAGCAACGGCACCCGAGUCCGGGCAAGGCUUCGUCCACAGCUGGUGUCAUCUCUUGGCAGGCCAAUCCUUUCCCGUUCUCAAGGAGUGUCUCGCAUAACCAGACAGAGCUGUCCAACAGGCUACACCAACAGAGACGGCACGUGUGUCGAUGUAGACGAGUGUCUGCUCAGGAAGCCGUGUCAACACGAGUGCAGAAACACCAUUGGCAGUUUUCAGUGCCUGUGUCCUCCUGGUUACAAGCUUUUACCCAACGGCAGGAGCUGUAAAGACAUUGACGAAUGCGUAGAGCAGGGAAUCCAGUGUGGACAUAAUCAGAUGUGUUUUAACACCCGAGGAGGAUACCAAUGCCUGGACACACCCUGCCCUGCGUCUUACCAGAGUGGAAGAAGCCCAGGGACCUGCUACAGACCUUGCUCUCUAGACUGCGCCGCUGGAGGUUCUCCUCUGCUCCUGCAGUACAAGCUGCUCACUCUCCCCUCUGGCAUUCCAGCCAAUCACAACGUGGUACGACUGUCUGCUUUCUCAGAGUCAGGCAUCCUGCAAGAGCGUACGUCUUUCACCAUACUGGAGCAAGAGUCAGAGACGGGUGUGAUGGGCCGGGUGUUCGGCAUCAGAGACGAGUCAGGCAGGGGGAUCAUCUUCACGCUGCGGCCUCUGGACCGACCCGGGCUAGUGCGCCUUAAGGUGCAGGCCACCACCAUCUCACUGCAGGGCCGCAUCACAUACCAGAGCAUUUUCAUCAUCUAUAUCUCCGUCUCAACGUACCCCUACUGAGCCUCUGCUGCUUUACUAAUGACUCUGACUCCCAGUGGCCUCUUGAUGCCUCUUAAACCAAAACCUGCCUCGGACACAUUAGGCCAUGCAAAGACACUAAUAUACAAGAUGAGGUGCACAUGGUUGGUAAGUGGAUCUGAAGAUAUAUAACCCCAGAGGUGACUGAAAUGUCAUGGUGGACGAAGUCCUGUGAGUGAAAAGACCUUUUUGUCUAUCUAAAAUGUUGACUAAGUUCUGUUGAAUUAAUGAUGAAACAGAACCUACUCUAUAGCAGACGUCUGAACUGACAAACAUGCUGGAAGACAAAGCAUUUUGUUCAUUUAUUCACCACAUGCCCUAUGAGUGCAUCUUUCUAAUCAAUAUCUAAAAAUGCCGAAUGUAAAAAAGUGUCAUUUCAACCGAGCACUGAAGUUUAGUUUUAGUGUCCAUCAGGAAUUGCCAGAAUGUUUGAUGUUUCAUAUCUAUCAUUUUUAUUUGUAUUUGUUGUUUAAAGUGUUAUCUAAUUAUUGGACAGAGUUAUUGUCAUGUGUUUGCAGCCUGCACUUGGACAUACAAGUCUUUCAACAGUUCUGAAAUGUUUUCCCCUAUUAUUUUAAUUUAUUGAAGUCAUUUGAACACAUCAUUGGUUCAAAAAAUGAAUUCAUAAGGAUCUACUCGCGUUGUAAUUAAAAACCUUUUAAUGGCACAUUGUAGCCAUGUAGCUAGCAACAGUGUUCUAUCUAUCAUAUGUGUUUUUGUACUCUUUUAUAACAUUUUUUAUCAUGUGAGAAAGUUUAAAGGUGCUAUUCUGAAUGUAUUCAAGUGUUUUGUGUCAGAACCGCUGACUUCACUGUUGGUGUUUCAAGGACAACCGGCAGGUCAUGAAGGCACAGUUCCCUAAAAAAAGAAAAUUGUCUAACCCACCCUGGUACCAAUGGCAAGUCAGUUUAUAUUUUUUUAGUCCACAAACAUUUCCUAAACAACUGAAGUGUGAUGAGAUCCAAGUCUCUGGAACCACUAUGCUGCCAAACUCAUUUGAAAAGAUGUUAUUUAAACCCAACUAAAAGCUUGUGCACCCACUUCGGACAGGGUAUACAAGCUCAUCUGCACCUCAAGAGUGUGAAUGAUGUAAAUUUGACAUUUGUUUAACGUGUAGUUUUUUGGAGGUUGUUUUUGGAACAGUGUCAUCAAUGUACAACUCUUAAAAGUUAUCCAAACACCAUAAAAUUGCAGUUGAAGUGUUCUCUGCUCUUGCAGGUUAAACAAAUAUUUUCCUGUUGUCAUAAUAAGUUGUCAAAUAUUUGUAGAAAUAAAAUGGACAACACUUUUA